GUAGAUAAUAAAAAUCUAAAAAUCAAGCGGCAAAAAACUACGUAGCUUAGAAGUAAAAUUAAAUAAAAAUCCGCUUGGGAUGGGAACAAUAAAGAGAUAACCGGCAGGCAGUUCCGUCACGCCCUCAGAUUGGACCCCCCCGAUCAGCUGCACCCGGCGGCGCUUGGCCGUUUUUCACCGAACCGUCCGUUUGAGCAGAGGGUUAGAUCAUAUCGUCGGACCUCCCGAAUUCGCUUCUUCCCCAAAUCUAUCAACAAUGAACGAGGUGAUUACGGCGGGAGAUGCCUCCUCAGCCCUAAGAUCCUACUCACUCCAACCGUCAGUCGGGCCUUCUAACCUGCCCAUGGCCACGGCUUUCCUUGCCUGCGCUCUGGCUCAGUUUCUAAAGGUUUUCACAACUUGGUUUAAGGAGAAGCGAUGGGAUUCUAGAAGGAUGCUUAGCUCUGGUGGAAUGCCUUCUUCUCAUUCUGCAACUGUUACUGCCCUUGCAGUGGCAAUCGGAUUUCAGGAUGGAACUGGUGGAUCUGCUUUUGCAAUUGCAGUGGUUUUAGCAUGUGUUGUAAUGUAUGAUGCUACUGGUGUUAGGCAACAUGCUGGUCGACAGGCUGAAUUGUUAAAUCAAAUUGUUUGUGAAUUGCCACCCGAGCAUCCAGUGUCUACUGUUAAACCUUUGAGAGAUUCUCUUGGUCACACACCUCUUCAGGGAGUUGGGAUUAAGGCAGUCUGUGGUGCAUGCUUCCUUGCGUAGUAUUCAUCUGGGUAUGGUGUUGGCACAGGUUGUGGCUGGUGCUUUGCUGGGGUGUUCAGUUGCAUAUCUAAUGAAAAGAACAAGCUAAGAGUACUACCGAUUCAGCGUUUGUAUUCCUUCCUCAUUUGCAGAACAGUACUCACAAAAUAUCAUUUACUGUGGCAAGUUUGGGCUCACUCGUUCAGUGAGUGGGGUGUGGGGGGGCAGGGGCACACAAAAGGUUUUGGGAUUAGCAGAUUCUUCAAAAGAAAAAGGGAGAAGCUCACACUUACAGAACAUUCUUGACGAUUCUAUAGAAUUGAUAUUUUAAGAUGAAUUAUAAUUGCAACAUCUAUUAUUAUACUCCAGUUAUUAUUGUUGUUUAAUUUUAAGAUCUCAUGUAAUUUGAUCUUCGGAUGAUGACUGCGAAUCUCAGUGAAUUUAACCUCAUUAGUUCUUCCUUCACAGAUAUGUUUAACAAUUUAAAUGCAAUCGUGAAGAGAAAAGGUUUGCAUUCCAAACCAUUGGAGUUAAAUCACGGAAUAUGACUUGUGAAC